AUGCACAAGCCCUUUUCCAAGUGCCAGCUGGGCCUUUUAGGAGCCUCCGUCCCCACGGCACACAGUCGGCAGCCUCGGAGCAGCUUGACUUUACCAUAUGUGGAACUUUUUUAUGCUCCACCUGGUUUCCCCGGGGGACCAGUGCCGCUGGGACGCCGGAGGCAGCUAUUCCUGGAGAAGCCGGCCAUCAGGACAGGGUCAGAACGCUGUGUUUUUGGCCGCUUCGUAUUGCGCGGCAUGGUCACUCUCCCGCCUGCACCUGUCCGCGGCACCGUGCCAGAGGUCUUAGUUCAGGGGUCUCCGUGGGGGUUCGUCAAGUUCAAGUUUUGUGCUGGUAUCAUGGUGCUAACCCACCUAGCUCAGAGUAAUUGGGCCAAAGCCGUGGUUCUCUAUGGGUCAGAGGAGGGGCCUGUCAUGGCAGGGCCGCUGGGGGUAAGCAGAGAAACCAUGUCCCAGGAGGAGGCGUACUAA